AUGUUCCACGUUCAAUAUUGUCACAUGCGAUAUUUUCAUUAUUUAGGCGUGCGCAACAACCCGGAGGUACUGGUGGAUAUAGUGAUAGCUCUGAUACUGGCAUUCAAUCAGCAGUUUAGCGAGCAUGCGGUGAAUGUGAUCAUCGAAGCCAUGCAGAAUCGGCCCACAGCCAAAGUGUUCACCGAGAAGCUCUUGUUGCUGCUCAAUCGAGAAGAUGAUCCAACGCGAGUGCUGAAGCAUCACAAUGAGCACAUGAACACGGUGCUGCGCAUGUUUAUUGACAUCUUCAGUCAUCCGGAUACGGCUGGCAUGUUUUAUACAAACCAUAUCAAUGACCUCAUCGAUAUUGUGGUGCGUCAACUUUCCGAUCUGGAUGCGGGCAAUGUGUUAAUUACGUCCGUGCUAUUUGGAGCUGUGUCGUCGCAUUUUGCGCAACACAAACUAUCAGGACCAUCAGCAUCGCAAGCAAACAUCGAACUCAUGAAGAUCUUUAUGCGCAUCUUUUGCGAGGAGACCGAAUGCAGUGCAUCCGAUCAGCAGUUAGUGCGCGAAAUCGCCAACGAAUUUCCCCAAUUGUUUAAAGACAGAGCCAGAAUCUAGAAUUGCAAACAGAAAAAAAACACAACUCCUAAAACCAACUAAAAUCAAAAUAAAUACCAA